UAUAGUACUUAUACUAUUAUUAAGAGCCGUAAGAGCCUCCUCCAUUUUGGUUGAAUUGUUGUGUGUCCAAUUCCACAUUCCAAAAGCCACAAUUAAAAGAAGAAAAGAUUUUCGAUUUGGAGGUUUGGAACCAUUAUCAUGACUUACGCUACUCACGUCCUUCGUCACUCCAAAAAGAUCAGAAGUUCUUCGAACUUAUUACGGCAUGACUCUGCUAUUCUUGUCCGCUGGUUCAGUAAUGGCACGAGGUCUUCUUUGGAUAAGGGAGAUGGGAGACACAGCAUUUCCAAGUCCUUUAGUGGAUGCAACUCAGGUUCAGCAGUCUCCAACAACCGUUGUAGAUCAGUGUCACCCACGGUGUCAUUUGUGGCAACAUAUAAUGGAAAUGUUUUGAGAAAUGCAAUUGAUCCAUGCGCCUCCAUGGCUAACAUGCCUUUCAUGAGAGGGUCUUCUGGAUCACAAGUGCCUUCAAGGAGGUCUUUCUCUACUGCUUCAGAUCUUCCUCCACACCAAGAGAUUGGGAUGCCAUCUCUUUCACCUACAAUGACAGAGGGAAAUAUUGCUCGAUGGUUAAAGAAAGAGGGUGACAAAGUUUCUCCUGGUGAAGUGCUAUGUGAAGUGGAAACAGAUAAAGCAACUGUCGAAAUGGAGUGCAUGGAAGAGGGAUAUCUAGCUAAGAUUCUUCGCGGAGACGGGGCAAGCAGUAUCAAAGUUGGAGAGGUGAUUGCUAUUACCGUUGAAGAGGAAGAUGACAUUGCAAAGUUUAAAGAUUACCAACCUUCAGCAUCAGAUGCUACGCCUUCACCAAAAGCAUCUCCUCCUCCACCUCCACCCAAAGAAGAGGUUGCCAAGAAACCUGUCACCCCAUCAGAGCCAAACGCUUCUAAACCUAGUGCGCCUGCAGAUCGCAUUUUUGCUAGUCCGCUGGCUAGGAAACUAGCGGAAGAUCACAAUAUACAUCUAACAAACAUCAAAGGAACAGGUCCGGAGGGACGUAUUGUGAAAGCUGAUAUUGAAGAUUAUCUUGCUUCUCAUGGAAGCGAAGCCCCUGCAGCAGCUCCCAAGGCUGAUGCAGCUCUUGAAUACACGGAUAUUCCAGUUUCACAGAUAAGAAAGGUGACCGCUUCUCGAUUGCUGCUGUCAAAGCAAACCAUUCCCCAUUACUAUUUGACUGUUGAUACAUGUGUCGACAAACUUAUGGAAUUGAGGAGCCAGCUCAAUUCAUUGCAAGAGGCUUCAGGAGGAAAGAAGUUAUCUGUUAAUGAUCUUGUAAUAAAGGCUGCUGCUUUGGCUCUUCGAAAAGUUCCUCAGUGCAACAGUUCAUGGGCCAAUGACUACAUUCGCCAGUAUCACAACAUAAAUAUCAAUGUCGCGGUGCAGACUGAUAAUGGACUGUACGUUCCUGUCGUCAGGGAUGCUGAUAAGAAAGGUUUAUCCACUAUUGCCGAGGAAGUGAAGAACUUAGCCCAGAAAGCAAAAGAUAACAGCUUAAAACCACAGGAUUAUGAGGGAGGGACGUUCACUGUCAGCAAUUUGGGAGGGCCUUUUGGCAUUAAGCAAUUUUGUGCCAUCAUAAACCCUCCUCAAUCGGCUAUUCUCGCUGUUGGAUCUGCUGAGAGAAGGGUGAUACCUGGUACGGGCCAAGACCAGUAUAAGUUUUCCAGUAUGAUGCCUGUAACGUUGAGCUGUGAUCACCGGGUGAUUGAUGGCGCAGUUGGUGCAGAAUGGCUCAAAGCAUUCAAAGGCUACAUAGAGAGUCCGGAGUCUAUGUUACUGUAGAUUGAUACAUCCUUUUCUUGUCUUUUGAAUUCUUCACGUUUUCCUCAACAAGUCGGGUGAAAUUUUGCUGUAUGAUAACUGGUAUUUUAUGUGCCAUGGCCUGAUAUUAUUGCUUGAUAUAAGCAUCUUUACUAGGGAAAACGGCUAAAAGACUUGAGAAUAAUGAGGCUGCAAGGCCAUGUACCGUUGAUUUAGGCUUUCCCUCUCACAGAGUGUAUAAACAAGUUUUUGCUCGAGGUCAUUGAGUUGAUUAUGUGUCUGAAAUAAGUGGAAUGCUAGCUGGAAAUUCAUUAUUUUAAAUAAGAUUCACUGAACUGUUAAGGCAGAGAUUGCUUCAA